CCAUCCGAAACCUUGCACUUCACUCCAACCUACACCAGUCGGCAAAUGGGCUGCACGAUGGCCGGACAAAAGGGCUUGGACACGACUCAGACCAUAUCUCGGACAGUACGCUGCAUUCUCGUCGACCUCAGUGGCACGGUUCACGUUGACGACGAACUCACAAAAGACGCCCUCCCAACACUGAAAGCUUUGCGGGAGAGCGACUGCCACAUACGCUUCGUGACAAACACGACGAAAGAGUCCAAGAGGCAGCUCCGAGACCGCCUGUACAGGCUCGGUUUCAAAAUCCACGAAUACGAAAUCUACUCUUCACUCGUCGCGGCGGUGAACCUCAUAAAAAAGGAGAACCUGAGGCCCUUGCUGCUCGUCGACAACCAAGCCAUGGAAGACUUCAAAGACGUUUGCGACUUCGAAGGACAUCCGAAUGCCGUGGUCAUCGGCCUCGCGCCUGACAAGUUCAACAGGCACUCGCUCAACGUCGCGUUUAGGCUGAUCAUCGAAGGGGCGAAGCUGAUAGCGAUCCACGAAGGCAGGUUCUACAGGUCUCGGACCGGGCUGUCCCUCGGGCCAGGCCCUUUCGUCAAAAUGUUGGAGUACGCUACGAACAAGCCGGCGACUAUAGUUGGCAAACCAAGUACCGAGUUCUUCAAGCAUGCUCUAGGAGACAUCCCGCCAUCCCAGGCGGUCAUGAUAGGCGAUGAUGUCAGGGACGACAUCAAAGGAGCCCAGGACCUAGGGAUCAGAGGGUUCCUCGUCAAGACGGGCAAGUACAGGCCAGGUGACGAGCACUUGAUCGAAAACCCGCCCUACUCCGUCGUCGAGAAUUUCGCCGAAGCAGUCGAAAAAGUGCUCAAGAGCUCACGUAUCUGAACACAAACACUAGGAAAAAACAUAAAAACAUGAAUGUAAAAAAAUAUCUUUUAAAAAAGA